AUUGCGCCUGCGCGGGAAACAGCGCGUUGAAGGAAGCCAUACUGUGGCAGAACCUGCCUCUUUUGCAAACGGUUGUUUGAGCGAAAUAAGAGACAAAGAAAACAGCUGCAGUACGCAGCAGGUCCGGCAACAUCGGUGAAGAGAAAGACAGAGUUAACGUUUCAGGCCGGCGUUGAGCUCCGUUUUCUGACCGAAGUUCGGCAGCGAACUGCGCGCGGGUUGUUGAAUCUAGGGACACCUGUCAAUACCAUGGCUGAAGUUCAGGAAGGUUCAAACAGCGGAGAAGAUCCAACACCAGCAAAAAAAAUGAAAAUGGACAUAGAUCCAAACUCUGCCAUCACCGAGCUCUUGAAAAAGUGUGACGAUUACCGGCUGUUCCGGUUGAUUAAAUUCUACCAGGACAGACUAGAACAGGCGAUUGAAGAAGGGGUGGAGCGACUCAGUCUCAUGUUAAAAGACAGUGACCAUUUCAGUGAGCAGGAGAAUCAGAAAGUUACUGAGCUCACAGAGAAGAGAAGCAGGGCGGACAGUUCCAAACUGCUGCUGAAUCUAGUGAUGGAGAAAGGCUCUCAGGCCCGAAGAGUGAUGUGGGAAUCCUUGGUGAAAAUAUGCGAUGGGUUACCAAAAUUGGAUGAAAUACUGAAAGAAAUACAAGAACGUGGUUCUGAUUCAUUUGAUUACAUGGACACAGCACAAGAUUUAUCUGAAGUACCCAGUCAGCUGGAAGAUGUUCAACAGAAACACAAAGACACGCUGCGGGAACAAACUGAAACACUCAGAGUUAACUCUAUCCUAAUCAAGGAGACGGUUAAGCUUUUCCAAUUAGUUGAUCAUUAUGCCGAGCUAUCGGUCAUUUCCAUUCCUCGUGAUAUUCAGCUUGUAGAACAUGAACUGCUGGCAAGAAGCAGAGAGCACGACGUGUGGCGAGAGAAACAUCUCCGAAAAGAAAUGGAAAAAAUCCAACCUGAGCAACUGUUCCAGAGCAGUUCAACUGAGACAGAAGGCAAGCCUAGGAGAUCAGCAGCAGUGAGCGGAGUCCAAGGGAUUGGGAAAACAACAAUGGUGCAAAAGAUUGUUUAUGACUGGGCCAUUGGGAAAAUAUACCCACAUUUUCAAUUUGUUUUCAGUUUUGAAUUCCGGGAUUUGAAUGUUAUCAACUGUAAAAUAAACUUGAGGAAUCUGAUACUUACUUUCUAUCCUUACUUGUUCAAUGUUUUGGGAGAGCUCUGGAAAAACCCAGAAGGAUUGCUAUUUAUAUUUGAUGGCUUGGAUAAAUUCAAGAACAGUGUCAAUUUUGCUGACAGUCAGAGAAAUAUAGAACCCAAGUCCAUGUGCACAGAUCCUGAAUUCCAGUGCGAAGUGUCUGACAUUGUGUACAGUUUAAUACAGAACAAGUUGCUUCCAGGAUGUUCAGUGCUAGUGACUAGCCGCCCCACUGCAUUACAGUUACUGGAAAAGGCUGAGAUCAAUGUCUGGGCUGAAAUCCUGGGAUUUGUUGGUGAAAAAAGGAAGGAAUAUUUCAACAAGAUUUUUGAAGAUCAGACAGUGGCAGCAGCUGUUUUCAAACAUGUGGAGGAAAACGAGAUCCUGUAUACUAUGAGCUACAACCCUUCCUACUGCUGGAUCCUUGGCCUGUCAUUGGGUCCUUUUUUUACACAAGGAGAUGGGAAAGAGCAGCAAGUUCCAAAGACCAUCACCCAGCUGUAUUCUCAGUAUAUUUAUAACAUUCUGAAAAACCAUGGCCAAGAGAUUGAAAACCCCCGUGAUGUGUUUCUGAAGAUUGGAGAGAUGGCCUUCGCAGGAAUCUCUGAGAAAAAGACUGUAUUCACAAAUGAAGAUUUGAUUAAGUAUGGUACGCAACCUUCCCAUUUCCUGUCUCACUUCCUGGAGGAACUUCUGGAAAAAGAUGAUUCUGCCCAGAGUGUGGCGUACACAUUCCCACACCUCACCAUCCAGGAGUUUGUCGCUGCACUCGCACAAUUCCUGACUCCAGACCCCAAGGACAUUGGGAAGCUCCUUGGUGAAGCCCAUAGCAAAGAAGGUGGGAGAUUUGAGAUAUUUCUCCGUUUUGUUUCUGGUCUCUCCUCCCCACAGUCAGCUCAGCCCCUGGAGGAGUUCCUGGGUCCGUUUCUUCAACAGACGAGCAGCAGAGUGAUUGACUGGGUGAAGGAGAAGGUUAAAGGACAACUUGGAAACACAAAGAGUAAAAUUGGUAAAAGAAACCAUAUGAACACUUUGCACUACCUAUCCGAGUCUCAGAAUAAAGUACUGGCACAAUCAACAGUGGGAUCCGUGGAGACAUUUAAAUUUUGUGGUUUGCGACUGACCCCAAUUGACUGUGUGGUCCUGUCUCAUGUUAUUGGACUCUGUAAUACAAUAAAACACCUCAACCUUGAGAAUUGCUUCAUUCAGUAUGAAGGACUCCAGCGGCUGGGACCCGUACUGUACAAAUGCCGGGAGUUGAGACUGGGGAGAAAUAAACUGGGAGAUUUAGGAGUGAAACUACUGUCUGAAGCUCUGAGGAACCCGGACUGUAAAAUACAGAAGCUGGAGCUGAAGAGUAAUGCUCUCACAGAUGCUUGUGCUGAGGAUCUUGCCUCUGCUCUCGGUACUAACCAAUCACUGGCAAUUCUGUCCUUGAGUAAUAAUAAACUGGGAGAUUCGGGAGUUAAACUACUAUCAGCGGCCCUGAAGAACCCGGACUGUAAAAUACAGACAUUGGUGCUGAAGAAUAACUCGCUCACCAAUUCUUGUACUGAAGAUCUCGCCUCCACUCUCGGAACAAACCGAUCACUGACGGACCUGAUCCUGGGUGGUAAUAAACUAGGAGAUUCAGGAGUAAAACUACUGUCUGCAGCUCUGAGGAAUCCAGACUGUAAGAUACAGAAACUGUUGUUGUGGGAUGUUGGGAUUACAGAUUCUUGUGCCGAGGAUCUCACUUCCGCUCUCAGUGCAAACCGAAUAUUGACAGAUCUAAACCUGGGAUCAAAUGCCUUCACAGAUCGAUCUGUCCCUGCUUUCUGCAAUCUAAUACAGACCUGCAGGAGUCUAAAGUGGAUCUGGCUGGGGCGAAAUCGGUUUAGUCCAAGCAAAAAGAGACACCUAAAAUUACUGCAGAAUUCCAGACCAGGACUGAGUGUGGAAGUGUGAACAUUUCAAUGUAUAAACAUUACUGUUGUGAUUAUAUGAACAUUUUUGGCUGAUUUUCUGUCCCUUCCCUUGAAUCAGCCAUGCUCCAGGUUUACAUCCUAUUGACCAUUUACCAGUUUCCAGCUCGAGCUGGGCAAGCGUCAUUCCCCAUUUUGAUGCCAGAGACCCAGCAUCAGGGUCAUUAGUCUCAGCUGCCUGGCCCCACAGCACUGCUUCUGCAGGAUAUCCAGGGCUGAGUGUUCCCUAACUGGAGCACUGAGGAAAUGCCCAAACAGGAAGGGUCUAGGAUGGGGCUUAGGCUAGCCUGCAGCAGGAUGCAGACAAUUGCACUCACUAUUUCUGGGUUUUGGGACAGCAUUAACCAUUGUUUAUAGUCAAUAUCGGUGCCCAGUGAUCCUUCUGACAAGUGAACCUUAGUGAAUUCAGCAUGGGAAUGGGAUAUAUUCAGCUGGGAUGAAUUCCACCAUCCAUUGUGGUCAACAUCCAAUGUCUGGGAUCACCCAGGGAGCGUAUCCUGUUGUGGAGGUUCAUGAAACUGGUUCACCCAGAAUGAGUCAGCAAACUGCGAGGAGGACUGUGCAAAGUGCCAGGUGGGAAUCCUGCAAUUCCGUGUAGGUGAUCAUGAGCUUUUGCACUGUUUAAGGACCCUGAACGUCCUGUGUUUCUGGCAGCAACAUGGGAACAGGUACUGGCGUUAACAAGGAAAUUGAACGUUGCAUACUUACUGUGGAUUGAAUUUUAGAAUGGAAUUAUUGUCUAUCAUGAGAUUGUGCAAAGAGUUGAUGACCCGUGAAACAUCCUGAGGAAAUGGAGGGACUAAUCAAUGGACUUGAAGUUAACUUCAAGUUAUGUGGCUUUGUAUAAUGAUAUACACUUUGAACUGUUUCCAACUUUGUUAAACUUCACCUCUGCAUCGCUGCCUUCUGGAUUAAAUAAAGAAACUGGUGAAAAUUA